AUGGACUCCCAAUUCUUAGUUGAUUUCCUUGCUGGUGGUAUCUCCGCUGCCGUUUCAAAAACCGCUGCUGCUCCAGUUGAAAGAGUUAAAUUAUUAUUACAAAAUCAAGAAUCUAUGAUCAAAGCUGGUAGAUUAGCUAAACCAUACGGUGGUAUCAUUGAUUGUUUCAAAAGAACUGCUGCUGAAGAAGGUGUCAUUUCAUUCUGGAGAGGUAACACUGCCAAUGUUAUCAGAUACUUCCCAACCCAAGCUUUAAACUUUGCUUUCAAAGAUAAAUUCAAGAAAAUGUUUGGUUUCAAAAAAGAUGAAGGUUAUUGGUUAUGGUUUGCUGGUAACUUAGCUUCAGGUGGUAUGGCUGGUGCCACUUCAUUAGCUUUCGUUUACUCUUUAGAUUUUGCCAGAACCAGAUUAGCUAAUGAUGCUAAAUCUGCUAAAGGUGGUGAAAGAGAAUUCAACGGUUUAUUCGAUGUUUACAAAAAAACUUUAGCUUCAGAUGGUAUUGCUGGUUUAUAUAGAGGUUUCGGUCCAUCAGUUGUUGGUAUUGUUGUUUACAGAGGUUUAUAUUUCGGUUUAUAUGAUUCAUUAAAACCUGUUGUUUUAGUUGGUUCAUUACAAGGUUCAUUCUUAGCUUCUUUCUUAUUAGGUUGGGCUGUUACUACUGGUGCUUCUACUGCUUCUUACCCAUUAGAUACCGUCAGAAGAAGAAUGAUGAUGACUUCCGGUCAAGCUGUUAAAUAUAAAGGUGCUAUGGAUGCUUUCUCCAAGAUUGUUGCUGCUGAAGGUAUUCCAUCAUUAUUCAGAGGUUGUGGUGCUAACAUUUUAAGAGGUAUUGCCGGUGCCGGUGUUAUUUCAUUAUAUGAUCAAUUACAAGUCCUCUUACUUGGUAAAAAAUUAUAA